UACAAGAUGGCGUCUGCUGGAAUGGAGUUGAUGUUUAAUUCAGUAAAAUCGACGUUAAGAAGCCCUCAAGAUGGAAUAAUAUGUGUUUUGCACUGGAAAAUAAUAUCAUCUGGGUUUCAAUGCAUUGGUAUUGGUGAAAAAGCAGGUAAAAAUGACCCAGAGGAAGAGACAGAGAUGUUACCUGAUGGCUGGAACAUGACGCCAGACUUGUAUGUGCUUAGAUAUAGGUCUGAGAGGGGCGUUUAUGUGCUGAAAGUCAUCGCUGUCGAUGGAACUCUUCUGGUACAUUUUUGGAAGGAUCGCGAGGAUCAGAGAGUGGCUACAAUGAACAUCAGAAUAGCUGACUUUGCUACGGAGGAUUUGUCUUCAUACAAAAAAGCUUUGAAGCAUGUAAACGACCUCAAUAAGGAAUUCAAAAAGGAGAUCUUGGAUGAGAUGAAGUCUACCACGAGUCCCCGUGCAGGCCAGUCAAGGGAGAGAAGCAACUCCAGGGAGAGGGAGAGGGGAGGUCAAUCAAGACAACCGAGGCGCGAUGAUGAUGACGAUCCACUCAGAGUGCCGGGCACAGGCAAUAGAAGGCCCAGACCUACACAGCCAUGGCAGGACCCAGAUGACCCGUUCUCGAUAGGUCGUGGCGACCUUGACCCCCUUAGGAGUGGUGGUGGGAUGUUAUUCGACCCCAUGAGAGGGGGACGUGGACCCAGAUUUGGGAUGGACCCCAGUGCUGGUCUGCCUUCAAGGCUACCACGAGGUGCAGUGCCCCCUGGUGCGAGGUUUGACCCGUUUGGACCCCCUGGCACCCACCCAGGGCAGAGACCCGGCCCUGAUCCUGACCACAUGAGGCCACCAGACUAUGAUGACAUGUUCAUGUGAAAAACCAGUGUAUGCUGGGAUGGGAUGGUGGAGGAAAGAAAGGAACAGCUUAACUUAACUCGUUGAACUUAAUUAAGAACUGGUUUUUUUCGGCUUUUCCGUAAUAUCAGCAUAAUCCAUUCAGAAGAGGAAAGAAGGAAAAACACUAAGUUUAAUGUUUGUUUAACCUUAUGCAGAAUGCUUAUUAGAUAAUUUUGGCAGUUUGUAUUCUGUAUUUGAACUGUAUCACAGUAGGAGUUUCGAAAUAUAUAUAUCACACUUCAAUUUUAAUUGUUAUUUCAAUUUAAAGAUUUCGUACAAGGUUAAAAGAUAAAAUCUGAACAAGUGGAUGCUGUAUAAAGUUAUAGAUGUUGUAUUUCUACACCAAUGUAAUUUAUUGUAUUUUUGACUACCUGUGAGUACAUUUGUUGCAAUUUAAUUUGACCAUUUAGAAUGGAAUUCAACUUGAUUAGCCAUACCAUGGUCUAUUAGAGAUUAUAUGGGCGAAUACGCGGUACUCUAUGUUACAUUAGUGCUAACUUGAGUGAAACGGAAUGUGCCACCAGUGGUUUUUGACAGAUGGUAAAAUACUUUAAUGGGAUGAUUGAUCUAUAUUUACUUAACAUCUUUUUGUGCAUUUGAAUGUAGAAAAAGAUAAGCCCAUGUCAUGUCGUUUAUUUUAGAUUUAUAUAUAUAAAAAUUAUAUAUAUUUAUUGCAACAGGUGUAAAUUAUUUGUUGGAUCAUAAUCUUGAUGUUCAUAUAGUGGAAAAAGUACCCUGUAAAGUACAUGCAACAUCUCCAAUUCAGUGUUUAUUUAAGAAAUUCUUAUUGUCGGGAAUAUGGAAUAAAUAUGAGUGGAAACAGUAAAAUGUUGCAACUUUAAGUUUUUGUAUUAAACAGUUUAAGCCUUUGGUUUGAAAAAAAUGGCCAAAAUAUUUUUUGAUUUGUCAAUAUUUAUCCAAAACUUAAUAUUAACCAAUCAAAUAAUUUUAAUGUGCAAAGCCUUAAGGUAACCAUAAACAAGUUAUCCAAGCAGUAUACAAUUGGCCAAUGGGGUUAUGAUACUUACCUAUACAGUAAUAACCACCGUGACAGUUGUGUCAUUCUUUGAAUUUGCUUCAUUUUGUUCUUUGUUAAUUUAUUUGAUUAUAUUAAGAACAUAUUAUUAAACUUGUGAGUGUUCUGUUAUUAUGCAUUUAUAAUGAAAUAAAUCUAUGUUUUAAAAUGCUA